AUGCAUUUUGACCGGCAAACGAAAUGUGAUGAUGCUGCUUCUACACAACUGAAAAUGGUCAAAUUGUACGUCAAACAACAAGUAAAUGCAAUAUUGCCGCUCAUACAUCAAGUAGCAACAACAAUGAUAUUUAAAAAUGAUCAUUGUCGACUAUUAGAAGAAACUUUGGAAUUUACUCUACCUGAAACAGCAACCAUUUGCCGAUUCGGUGACGUAGAAAUUGACUCCAAUGAUCGUAAUCAAGCCUAUUGUGCUCUAUGUUAUGCGAUGCCAGUAUUGAAAUCCCAUAAUAUCGUACACAAUAGUCGCAAUAUAAUGUCGAUUUCUAUACUUUGGAAUGCAAGUUUAAGUCGAGCCAAUGUUGAAAAUUGUAAUUAUGAAAUUAAUAUGCUCAAGAUGACAUUAAACAUUUGGCAAUCGAGUGGUUGUAAUAUCAAUGUCACAGUAGUUGUUUUUCGAAAUGUACUUGAAGAACCAUGUUCAUUUAACCUACAUGAACAAGAUUAUUGGUCUAAACUAGGUAUGAUGGUGCAACAAAUCUAUUUCAAUUAG